UUUGUACCGUUUGGUUGCUCGUUCCCUUCUACUUUCUCUUUUCUCGUUUUCGUUUUUCUUCCACCCCCCACACUCUUUUGAGCUUUGCUCUCUUAUUAUAGAGAGCGACGAAACAAAAAAUAGAUUCGACUAAUACGAAUAAACCGACAAGCCCUUCUGCAACCAUGGCAUCCGCAAGCAGCUCCGCGCAGGCCGCCUUCGGGCUGGGCCGGAGAAAGAAGAACCCCGGGCUCCUGGAUCAGAUAGGAAAGUUCUUUGGAGGGGACAAGAAAAGGAAGGGCAAGGGUUCUUUCCGAGGUGCUCUCUCUCCAGCCCCUCAGAAAGCGUCUGCCACCUCGCCACGCAAACGCGGAGCUGAGAACGCCGUGGUGCACUUCUUCCGCACGAUCGUGUCCCCCGCCCCUCCUAAAUCUAGGUGGAGGGGACUAGCUGCCAAGAUAGGCCUGGGCCAACAGAAGUCAACCAAGAAGGCCGGCGCUGGGGACGGCAAAGGCACCCUGACUAGGAUCUUCAAAAUGUGAUGAUAUCAGCAGCAAAGGUAGCAGGAGUGCCUCCCCAGCCAAACGCUGAAGCCCCCCCGAAAAAAAACGCCUUCCAACACCAAGAGGGUCGACGUUUGAGAGCACAUCAUGGGGGGUGCAAAACCAAACAAUUGAAAAAGAAGGAGGAAGUCUCGUCAUCCCCUCAAACUGAGCUGCCUUUUAUUUUUUAUUUUUAACACCGUAAUGUUCGCUAUUACCCCUCUUUUGAACAAACGCUCAUCCGGCUGCUCAGACAGCAACACAAUCUCUGUUCCCUACCGCCAAGCGUCGUGCAAAGUGUGUGCCAGUGUGAGAUGCCUGAGAUCCUGAAGCGGCGCAGUGUGUGCCAGCCUGAACGAUCUCCUUUCUACCUGUGUGUGCGGGUUGCGUUUCUUUUAUUUAUGUCAUUUUUUUUCAGUCUCGUCUUUGUCGGGUUUCUAACAGAAAGGUGGCUAAGACCCCGAAGCGGCCCCGGGGUCAGCCAAGGGUCACGCAGGCCGGCGCAAGUACCGCUGACUUCACCGUCAAUGCCGCUUGUUGAUUGGUUGAUUAGAAGUAAAGGUAAUAAUGAUAUUAAUGAUUUUUUUUCUUCUUUAAAAAGGAGCCGUUUUCUGUCUCGUCUUUCUGUCCGCGUCGUCCCCUCGAACAUUUCCUCUAAAGCGUCGCGUUGCGAAAACUUUAACAGCUCAUCAUUAUGAUCAUUAUUUUUACUAGUCGUCUUUCCACGCGCUUCCUCCCCUCAUGUGAAGCGUCCUGUUAUGAAUGUAGCGUUUUGAACUUUUAAGCAGCUGGUGGUUUUGCGCAGAAAGAAAAAAAAAGAAACUACUUCCUCUUUGGUUCACUAACCAUCGGCGUUUUCCUCCCACGUCCGUAAAGUGGGAGACGCGCUCGAUGCUUCUGUGUCGUCUGCUGUUGGCCGUGUUUCUAUUGCACACUCAGAGCUAAAUCCAGUUCCCCAAAUGUGCCGUUUCCUCCUGACUGCCAAAAAAUUACAAUAGAUAAAUAAAUAAAAACAAUUAGCUGUGUUUCCUUUUGGCGAAUAAAGAAAGCAACACACGGUUUUCACAAAGGUGCUCUGUGAUUAACUCUGAAAUGAAUAUAAAGUGUUUUUCCUCACGAAUGUGUUAAAUUUUGUGUUAAAAAAAACAAAGACCAACGAUUAAAAAAGAAAAAAAGAAGCUCCAUGUCUGUUUUUCUUUUUCCUUUCCUUUUGCUGAAUGGAUCCCAGGAACGAAUGUAAACAACUCAACUCUCCUUAUUACUGUACGUGUAAUAAAAACGUGACUGGCCUGUUAACUGAACAUAAAAAUAAAAAAUAAAAAACGCAUAAACCAACCCUA